ACAGUUGAAAAGUCCACGAAGAGACUAGAUAAAAACAUGCUUCCACCACCUUCUGCGGUAUACAGCAGUGCCGAUGAACUUUUUCAGAGCGUUCAAAAAUUUGCCAAUUCCCAGGGUUACGCAUUAGUGAAGAAAAGAACUCGUAAAGAUCGUUAUGUUUUUGCGCACAACAAUCUCUUAUACGUGAACAUCAGGGACAAAGUUUCAACUUUUGCUCUCAAAAAGGUGAAUGAACAAUAUCAGAAGGCAAAUCGUGCCACCACACAAGAACCUUUAUUGUCAUGUACCAGAUCUUUCUCAAGUACAAUGGGAUUACCUUGUGCCCAUGAUAUUCAACGUCUUGGAAACCGUCAGAGCUUAAUGCUUGAUGAUAUCCAUGAACAUUGGUGGAUUCAAGAACGCUCACCGAUACCACAAUAUGAGGAAAAUGUACUUCACGAAGAUGUACUGCAGCCUCUCUUACAGAAUCUACAAGAGAGGUAUAAAGAAUGGCCAGAAUAUCAACAAGUAACUACACGAGUAACGCUAAACAACAUGAUUAACACACCAUUACUGAUCUUGCAGAAUCCCCAAAUAGUUCACACCAGAGGACGUCCUGUUGGCACCUCCAAUCACCGACAAACUAACUCAACCAAAAGAGAUUCUUCCGGAUUUGAAUUAGUGGAUCGCAGAAUAAGACAAUGUACCCUUUGCAAACAACCUGGACAUAACAUUCGUACUUGUCCAAACAGAAGUUAA